AUGCUUCGACUACUUCUCACCACCGCGCCUCUUCUGGCGCAGACCGUCCUCGCUGCUCCUGGACUGGCCCUACGGGACCAUGGCGUCCGCCACAAGCACAUCACUACCACGGUUACUGAGACCUCCACUGCUACCGUUGUCCAGCAAUUGGCUACCACUGCCGACCCAGUGGUGGCUGUCGACUUGUUUGUGCCCGAAGCAGCGGACCUGCCUCUUCCCGAUGAUGAAGACACGGAAUUGGUUGAGGAUAACUCCCUCGAGCUCAGGGCUACGACGAAAAGAAACGUCCUCUACUUCACAAACUGGGGUAUCUAUGGUGGCAACUUCCAGCCUCAGAAUAUCACGGCGGAUAAAGUCACCCAUCUCCUUUAUUCCUUCCUGGAUAUUGGUUCAGACGGCACGGUGAAAACAUCUGAUUCCUAUGCCGACUUGGAGAAGCACUACAGCACCGACUCUUGGUCGGAAACCGGAAACAACGCCUACGGCUGCGUCAAGCAACUCUACAUUCUCAAGAAGAAGUACCGCAAUUUCAAGACUCUGCUGUCUAUUGGUGGCUGGACAUGGUCUUACAAGUUCGCUCCCGUUGCUGCCAAUGUCUCAUAUCGCAAGAACUUCGUCUCGUCUGCCGUAAAGCUGCUUGCCGACUGGGGCUUUGACGGAAUCGAUAUCGAUUGGGAGUACCCUGCCAGCGCUACUGAGGCAGCCAACUAUGUAUCCCUCCUGAAGGAACUCAGGGCUGCGCUGGAUGCUUAUUCGACCAAGAACAAGCUGAAUUACCGCUUCAUCAUCACCGUUGCCACAUCGGCCGGCCCAGCGAACUACAACAUGAUGGACCUGGCAGGGAUGAACAAGUACAUCGACGCCUGGCACCUUAUGGCUUACGACUACUCCGGAUCCUGGGAUACCCUCACGGGUCAGCAGGCCAACGUCUAUCCUUCCAAGGCCAACCCCAAGGCCACCCCGUUCAACACUGACCAGGCUGUCACCGACUACAUGGCCAAGGGCAUCGCCGCGAGCAAGAUCAUCCUCGGCAUGCCUCUAUAUGGACGUUCCUUUGCUAAGACUACCGGCCCCGGUAAGCCCUUCAGCGGUGUCGGUGGUGGCUCUAUGGUUGGAGGAACCACAACGGAUGGCAUCUACCUCUUCAAAGACCUGCCACGCCCUGGCGACAAAGUCGUUGUCAACACCCAGGCUAUAGCAGCGUGGUCUUACAACUCCACGACGAAGGAGUACAUCACCUACGAGAACAUUGCCACAGCCAAACAGAAGGCGACCUACAUCAACACCAAGGGCCUCGGCGGUGCCAUGUACUGGGAGGCCAGCGGCGACAAGACGGGCGGCCUCAGCAUCGUGAGGAAUGUCGCAGCCAAGAUGGGCACUUUGGACAUGACCCAGAACAUGCUGUCGUACCCUGUCAGUGUGUACGCCAACAUCAAGGCGGGCAUGCCCUAG